UACUACAGUUACAUCUCUACUACUAUCACUUUGGCCUUUUCUUAUUAAUAUUUGUUCUUUGAAUUAGUAAUGGCUACAAGAAUGACCAUAGCUCCAUUGGUCAUAUUCGCAUUAGCGCUUUCGAUGGUCGAGUACUCGUCGUGCCAUCUCUUGAAAAGCUCGGUCACUUGUCUCGACUGUCCAACUGACUAUGACCUCGCAGGCAUAAAGAUACUAGUGAAGUGCAAGCAAGUGAAAAACUUAGCCAUGGCUACAACAAAUGAGCAUGGUGCAUUUGAGACAAAACUUCCUUCAAGCAAUUGCCAAGCCAAGAUUUUGGGUGGACCCAAACAACUCUAUGUUUCAAAAAAGACCAUGAUCACUAACAUCAAAAUUGUCCAAGAAAGAGACUCCUAUACCACAUCUCAACCAUUAACCUUCUACACAUCAUGCCCUUUGUCACAAAACAAAGAUGGGAAAUGUGGGGCCCGAAACGACGCGGUCGGGGAGAGCUUCGGGUCAUCGAAGACCAUUGAUCUACCUUUUCCAAGAGAAUGGGGGUUGGCACCGUCUAGCUAUUAUGUUCCCAUGUUGCCUAUCAUCGGUAUCCCGUGAUUUGGUGCAUUACUGUUCUCACCUCAGGCCUUAUAUAUGUUUUAUUAAUUAUUACAAAGUGUUUGUAUGUUUCAAAAAAUACCUCCAUAUUUAAGUUUGUAAUAUGCAUGUGAGGUGAGUGUUAAGUGAGAUUAUUAUAUGUUAUACGUAUAACGUAUUGCUUAUGUUUAUGUAAUUCAGAUGUAUAAUACACUUAAUUAUUUUCUAUA